UUCUUCGGAUUUAAUGGAGACAGAUUUAUUAUUCAGCCGCAGCCGACGAGCUCCUCCGGAUUUGAUUGAUUUUGUUUACCGGAUUUGAUAAAUCGUGUUUAAGGUAAAUCUAGGUUGCGGACAAACACAGAUUAAGGGAAUGCCUUCCUUCAUAUCUCUUCCUUCAUAGCUCGUCUCUUUCUUCUUAGCUCGUCGCACAAGAGAAUAGUAUAUAGAAGGGAAUUGCUUUCGUCGUCGCUCGCCGCACAGGAGAAGGUUGUUGCUGUCGUCGCUUGUACCCCAUCGCCGGAUUGAUCUCCCUAAAUUUUGGCUGUUGUGGCCUCUGUCGCACGUCGCCUCCAUCCUGAUCAAUUGCAGCCAAAUAGAUAUCUAAUUUGUUCAUUAUAAAGAUUCACCAGAAAGAUCCGACCCAUCUCAGCAAAAAACCCUCGGCUCCUUCUUCCCUGAAUUUCUACGGCACUAAACCUCUUAACAGACCGAAUCAAAUCGACUUUCGUCUGAGGCGGCUGGAGGAGAAGGAGAGGCUGCCGGAGAGUUAUUUCGAAGCAGACCAGGGUGGGAGGAGCAACCAGUUGAACGCAGAUAUGGGUGAUGUUCAUCUCAGAGAAGCUCUCCUGGAUCGCCUCAACUUGCUCGAGAACCGGAUCCACCAGCUGAGCCAGGAACUGGAUGACGGUGGAAGAUCCAGUGGUGGCGACCGCAAUGCCACGGCAGCCGUUACAUGUCCAGCCGAGAAACAGAGGCAGAUGCCAUACAACAGCAGCCGCAGAGAAUCCGGAUCCCCAUUUCGCUCUGGUUCAAGCAAUUAUCAGAGCCAAGUGUCCCAAAAGAAGACAAGGAUUGUACCACUUUGUUUCAAGCACAUCACAAAUAUUAAGCAGAUGACCCGACUCAUAUAUAAUUGUGAUGCCAUACUCCUAUAUUUUUUAUGUGCACAAACAAGUGACAUAGAUUAG